CUUGCCGACAUAUGUAGUUGACACUGGGCAGGAAGAUUGCCAAAGAAAUUAGAUACAAAGUGUUAAAAGAUGGCAAAUUUGCAUAUCCAACUUCACUUAGUAGCAUUAUUCUUCCUUUCUAGUCUUAUACUGCCCUCUAAUUGCCUUCCUGCCCUCCAUCCAAAACCCCCUGUUGCCCUCCAUCCAAAAUCCCCUGUUGCCCUCAUUGUCUUUGGUGAUUCACUUUUUGACCCUGGAAAUAAUAACUACAUCAAGACAACCACUACUUUCCAGGCAAAUUUCCCACCUUAUGGAGAAACAUAUUUCAAAUCCCCAACCGGGAGGUUUACCAAUGGCCGCACUAUCCCUGAUUUUAUAGCUGAAUUUGCAAAAUUAUCCUUAAUUUCACCAUAUCUGCAAACCGGGCAUCAUGAGGUUUUGACCAAGGGCGUGAACUUUGCAUCUGGCGGUGCUGGUGCUCUUGUGGAAACUAAUAAGGGAUCGGUGAUCAGCCUUCAUAUGCAAUUCAAUAACUUUAGGGAAGCUAACAAACAGUUGAGGUUGAAGCUAGGUAAAAGAGCAGCAAGACGAGUGGUGAAAAAUGCUGUGUACUUGAUCAGCAUUGGAAGUAAUGAUUACUUGAACCCGUUGAUUAAUAAUCCCAGUAUGUUUAAGUCGCAUGCGCCACAAGAUUUUGUAGCAAUGGUGGUUGGCAACAUUACAUCAGUGCUUAAGAAAAUUCACAGGGAAGGUGGAAGAAAAAUUGGGAUUUUAACUUUGGGUCCUUUAGGUUGUUUCCCAAGGCUUAGGCUGGCCAAUGUGGCCGCUGGAGGAAAUGGAGAGUGCCUGGAACAGGCCACAGCUUUGGUCAAAUUACACAAUCCGUUGCUUUCCCAAAAGCUCCAAUUGCUACAGAAACAGCUCAAAGGUUUUAAGUACUCAUAUUUUGACUUCUUCACGGUUUACACUGAGACGAUACAAAAUCCACCCAAAUACGGUUUCAAGGAAGUGAAGAGUGCAUGCUGUGGUAGCGGUCCUUUCCGAGGAAACUUUAGCUGCGGAGGAAAGAGAGGAGUAAAAGAAUAUGAGCUGUGUCAUUAUCCCAAAGAUUAUCUAUUUUUCGACGCUGAGCAUCCAAGUGAAGCGGCCAACUUCUUGUCUGCGCGGUUGAUGUGGGGAGGGCCUUCCAACGUUACAGGGCCUUACGAUAUCCGGUCUCUCUUUAUGCGCUAAUUUCUGGUGUGGACUUCUUAAAUUGUGUAAACUUGAAGUUCACAACUCCAGAUCUGCUUCUUAUAUUUGGUCAUGUAUUUGAAUAAUAAUUUCAAUAAGAAAAAAUAUCAAUAAGCAGUAGAAUCCCAUGGUGUUUGCUCUA